GCAGCUGUGGAGAGGAUUAGGGUCGCCGGGACCCCAAGCGCCCAGGGCGCGGCGGGGAGGUGGGGCCGCCGGAGGCUUCCUGGCGGGUCCCGCGCUCUCUCCGGCCAGCUAGGCGCGUGGGGCUCGCGGCCCGCAGGGGGCGCCGCUGCGCCGUCCCGCCGCCGGCAGCCCAGGCCGCCCACCCCGCGGGCGCGCCUCUCCGCAGUCCAGAGCCGCCCGGCCCGGGACCCGCUCGCCGAGCGCGCAGACUUCUCGGCUGGACUGAGGACGCCGCCCGCUCCGGGCCGGCCGUGUGCUCGCCUUCGGCGUCCGCUCGGCCUACCGCCCCCGGCCCGGCGCCGCAUCCCGCCCGUGCCCGAGUGCAGAGCUCCAGCCCCGGGAGCCUCCCGGCCGUCGGCGGACCCCGCGGCCCCGCCGCCGGUGCGCUCGGCGCCCUGCUCGCGGGGCAGAGGGGAGGGCGGCGGCCGGCUGGGGAUGGGCGGCCCGGCGGCGCGGAGGGGCGCCGGGGGACUCCGCGCGCUGCUCCUGGCGCUGGUGGCCGCGGGGACCCCCGCGGGCGCCUACAACCUCGACCCGCAGCGCCCCGUGCGCUUCCAGGGGCCCGCCGGUUCCUUCUUCGGCUACGCGGUGCUGGAGCAUUUCCACGACAACACGCGCUGGGUCCUUGUGGGUGCGCCAAAGGCAGAUUCCAAGUAUAGCACUUCAGUGAAGUCCCCCGGGGCUGUGUUUAAGUGCCGCAUCCACACCAACCCUGACCGGAGAUGCACCGAACUGGACAUGGCUCGAGGGAAGAAUCGGGGCAUGUCCUGUGGAAAGACCUGCCGGGAAGACCGGGAUGAUGAGUGGAUGGGGGUGAGCCUGGCCCGGCAGCCCAAGGCCGAUGGCCACGUGCUGGCCUGUGCCCACCGCUGGAAGAACAUCUACUAUGAAACAGACCACAUCCUGCCCCACGGCUUCUGUUACAUCAUCCCGUCCAACCUCCAGGGCAAAGGCAGGAUGCUGAUCCCUUGCUAUGAAGAGUACAAGAAGAAGUACGGAGAGGAACACGGCUCCUGCCAGGCUGGGAUAGCAGGUUUCUUCACCGAGGAGCUGGUGGUGAUGGGCGCCCCGGGGUCAUUUUAUUGGGCUGGAACGGUCAAAGUGCUGAACCUUACGGACAACACCUAUUUCAAAUUGAAUGAUGAAGCGAUCAUGAACAGACGGUACACGUACCUGGGUUAUUCAGUUACCGCUGGCCACUUCUCACACACGUCUUCCACCGAUGUGGUGGGAGGUGCCCCACAGGACGAAGGCAUCGGAAAGGUUUAUAUUUUUAGAGCUGACCGAAGAUCAGGCACCUUAAUUAAGAUUUUUCAGGCAUCAGGUAAAAAGAUGGGCUCUUACUUCGGCUCCUCCUUAUGCGCAGUUGACCUGAAUGCGGACGGCCUCUCUGACCUGCUGGUGGGGGCCCCCAUGUUUUCUGAGAUCAGGGACGAAGGGCAGGUCACCGUCUACAUCAACAGAGGAAAUGGAGCCCUCGAGGAGCAGCUGGCCCUGACUGGGGAUGGCGCCUACAACGCACACUUUGGGGAAAGCAUCGCCAGCCUGGACGAUCUUGAUGAUGAUGGCUUCCCAGAUGUGGCCAUUGGUGCACCCAAGGAGGAUGACUUCUCCGGGGCGGUCUAUAUCUAUCAUGGCGAUGCCAGUGGGAUAAUCCCUCAGUACUCAAUGAAACUGUCGGGGAGGAAGAUAAGUCCUGUACUACGGAUGUUUGGUCAGUCCAUAUCAGGAGGCAUUGAUAUGGAUGGAAAUGGCUAUCCUGAUGUAACUGUUGGAGCCUUCAUGUCUGACAGUGUGGUUCUUCUAAGGGCAAGACCUGUCAUUACGGUCGACGUCUCCAUCUUCCUCCCAGCCUCCAUCAACAUCACGGCGCCUCAGUGUCACGAUGGACAGCAGCCUGUGAACUGCCUGAACGUCACCGCCUGCUUUAGCUUCCACGGCAGUCACGUUCCGGGAGAAAUCGGCUUGAAUUAUGUUCUGACAGCUGAUGUGGCCAAAAAGGAAAAGGGCCAGUUGCCCAGGGUCUACUUUGUGUUGCUGGGAGAGUCUGUGGGUCAGGUCUCAGAGAAGCUGCAGCUGGUCCACAUGGAGGAGACGUGUCAUCAGUACGUGGCCCACGUGAAGCGGAGAGUACAGGACGUCAUCAGCCCGAUCGUGUUUGAAGCAGCCUACAGCCUGGGUGAGCAUGUGACUGGAGAGGAGGAGCGAGAGCUGCCGGCUCUGACACCAGUGCUCCGCUGGAAAAAGGGGCAAAAGAUUGCCCAAAAGAAUCAGACUGUUUUUGAAAGGAAUUGCCGUUCUGAGGACUGUGCCGCUGACCUGCAACUUCGGGGUCAAUUACUGCUCUCCGGCAUUGAUGAGAAAACCCCAUAUCUAGCUUUGGGGGCUGUGAAGAAUAUCUCCCUAAACAUCUCCAUCUCCAACCUCGGAGAUGAUGCCUAUGAUGCCAAUGUGUCCUUCAAUGUUUCCCGGGAGCUCUUCUUCAUCAACAUAUGGCAGAAGGAGGAAAUGGGCAUUUCCUGUGAACUGCUGGAAUCGGACUUCCUCAAAUGCAGCGUGGGAUUUCCUUUCAUGAGGUCGAAGUCGAAGUAUGAAUUCAGUGUGAUCUUUGAUACAAGCCACCUGUCUGGGGAAGAAGACAUUCUUAGCUUCAUCAUUACUGCUCAGAGUGGCAACGUGGAACGCCCUGAAUCCUUGCACGACAACACCCUCAUGCUGACGGUGCCGCUGAUGCACGAAGUGGAUACGUCCAUCACGGGAAUCAUGUCUCCAACCUCCUUUGUGUAUGGCGAGUCUGUGGACGCAUCCAAUUUCAUUGAGCUGGACGACCUGGAAUGUCAUUUCCAGCCCCUCAACGUCACUCUUCAGGUCUAUAACACUGGGCCAAGCACCCUUCCUGGGUCAUCUGUUAGCAUCUCUUUCCCCAAUCGACUGUCAUCUGGAGGUGCAGAGAUGUUUCACGUCCAGGAGAUGGUGGUGGGCCAAGAGAAAGGAAACUGUUCUUUCCAGAAAAACCCAACCCCCUGCAUCAUCCCUCAAGAACAAGAAAAUAUCUUCCAUACGAUAUUUGCUUUUUUCACAAAAUCUGGAAGAAAAGUCUUGGACUGUGAAAAACCAGGAAUUUCUUGCCUAACAAUGCACUGUAACCUUAGUGCACUUGCUAAAGAAGAAAGUCGUACUAUAGAUAUUUACAUGCUGCUGAACACAGAAAUAUUGAAGAAGGACAGUUCAUCUGUCAUUCAGUUCAUGACCCGUGCCAAGGUGAAGGUGGAUCCAGCCCUAAGGGUGGUGGAGAUAGCCAAUGGCAACCCAGAAGAGAUAGCGGUGGUCUUCGAGGCCUUGCAUAACCUGGAGCCCCGAGGCUACGUCGUGGGAUGGAUCAUUGCCAUAAGUUUGCUGGUAGGAAUCCUCAUCUUCCUGCUGCUGGCUGUACUGCUCUGGAAGAUGGGCUUCUUUCGCCGAAGGUACAAAGAAAUUAUUGAAGCUGAGAAGAACCGGAAAGAGAACGAAGACAGUUGGGACUGGGUCCAGAAAAACCAGUGACCUGCCACGCCAGUCACGUGACCCAAUCAUUCGCCUGUCAUCCUUGAUCUUUGUAUCUUCCAUAUUUGGAAGAAAGAAUCUUCUCCAGAUUUUUCGGAGGCCCCACUGAUGCUGUUCUCUUCUUCAUUCUAUUAAGCCCAGGUGCCAACCUGAGGCAGCCACUUUGGCCAGGUCACAUGACUGAAGCCACCACCACUUCCUUUUAAAGAUGAACUCUGAACUUUGGAAAGCAGGCUACAGAGCCGAGCAAUAUUUAUGGAUGCAACAUGCGUGGUCAACCCUCAGGGGAAAACUGUUAGUUAAAAGUAUUUUUAUAAAUAUAAGCCUUUUAUACUGAUUAUGUCUUUAUAUUUGUAUCGAUGUUUUAUUAUUUCUAUUAAAUAGUUAUAUAAUUCACUCAAGCACUGAUAUCUGGCCUGAAAUCUUGGAAAUACAUGUACAUUCAUACAAAUUUUAAAGGAUAAAAAUCUUAUUGUACUUUGGAACUUGCUGUUAAAAAAGACUUGCAGAGAAAAUAAUCUGAAGAAACCUCGAGUAAUGAAUCCACCAAGCGGCGGUGCUGCAUAUAAACUGUGGUUGUGGCAAGACCCCUAAGACAUUUCACAUCUUUAUUGCCUGGAGUCAAGUUUGAAGUAAUGUGCUAAAGAACUGUAAGUGUUUUUUCAUAUGUACCUUUCGUUGGAAGAUUCCCAACAGGAAUUUGGAUGGAAAAACCUGAUUCCUAGCAACAGGUCUGCUCUGCAUCACCUUUAUAUAGCAGACAUCUCAUCCUCCUUCUCCUUGGAUUAAUAGAUGAAAGCUUGGAGCAGUGCCAGGUGGUCAUCUGGUAAACCUCAGAAUGGCAUCUCAUCGUGGACAUCAUGCAUCAGAGUCCACGCACCACAAGGACUAAAUCAGUGCCCACCAAGCAAAGACUUGUAUCUGAAUGCUGUGAUGUGUUGCCUUUUCAUGGUAAUUUGAAUUCAGAGGUCUCCAUUUCUAUCACUCUUGCUAUCCCAGCCAAUGGUAAUUGCGGAUUCCUUCCCAGAGAUGACCAUUCAACCUGUCCUUAUUUAAAAAAAAAAAUAGUGGGGUUCCCAAGAUGCAGAUCCUGAGGCAAGGAUUGGCAUGCAAGUAACAUAUUAAGGAAGUGUUCCCAGGGCACAUCAGGAAGGAAGUGAGGGAAGCAGGACGGGGAAGGAAGCCAGGGAAGGGUGCCGUUUCAGGAAAGGUCCCGUGGAGGGUAGCUUCAGCGUGAUCCUGCAGGGGAGCUCUGGAGAAUAACUUAUGCCUCAGAGUUGUCCCAACCUGAGGCAAGGGAGCUGAGCUUUCGUAUUCUUGCACCCGGGGGAGAUGUAAAGUUUCUGCUCUCAGUUCCUGCUGGCAAAAUGGCUCCAGUAGCUCAGAGGCAGUUCUCUAAAGGAGAGCUGCACCCUCAAUCUGGGGAGGCACAGAGAAAUGAUGCACAGGGAUCUGGGCGUAGCACUGACGUCCUCCCCCAGCCCCUGCACGUGUGAAUGCUCAGUUAUGGCCUUCAAUAUCCAAGGUCUCUAUUUGACACUGUUUAUUAUCAGACGCACUGUGCUGCCCAGUUUUGAGUGCAAUGUGACUUCCUAAAAGGGCAAUGAGAUGAUGGAUGUAGCAUGCUCAGCACAGCGCCUGGCCCGUAGAGAACACUCAAUAACUGUUAGCAGCUAUGGCUGCUGUUACCACUGCUGGAUAAACAUCUGGUAAGAGAGAGAACAUGUGGCUAAAAGCAGGAUCUAACAGAGUCCUUAAUGGCUUAUUACAGCCUGCUCAAGCCCCAGGUAUGUACAGAGGACAUCAAAUGGGCAUGAAACAAGAAACAAGACCAAGGAUCUUUCUUAUAGGACCUUGCUUACUGGAAGCUAACAUGUUGCCGGGGGUCUGUGAACAUUGUUGAAAAGACAUAGAACUCAAGUUCAGGGGAGACAGACUUUCUAUACACAUACUUGGCUAAUACUUAGAAACAUAUCUAAAGUUUUGGCAGAAUUAUAAGGGUGCUGGGCCGUUGCAAACCUGGCAUGGAAUGUGUGUCUUUUCAUUUCUUAUGCAAUUGACUCUGAUACAGGAAGAUAAUGAAUGUAUCGUGCUUCCCAGAGGAUUAACGGCAUGAACUAGACUGAUCUUAGAAUGAGGUUGAGGAUGUUCUGACAGAGGGAUGGAGACACAGAGGUAGCUACAGUGCGAAUGCAGGCAAAGAAACCAGUUCUCCGAGUUUACCUAUGAGUUUACUCAAAAGUAAUAAAGCAGUGUUGAGUGAGUUUUAGUCACUCAUUUAUCAUAUUUAUGGGGUCCCUGCUGUGUGUCAGGCACUGUGCUAGGUGCUAGGUUCCCCAGAGAACACCACAAGCACAUUUUGCCUGGGGGAGGCAAGCCUUCCUGCGAUGGACUCCUUUAUGAGACCUCAUUUGCAGCUUUCCUUUGCUGGACUCUUGUUCAUUGUGUCAUGUCGUCCUUUAAUAAAUCAUUUAGGAUUCUUAGGCAGUAGGCUUGGGAUGGCUCCAUCAGCAGCUUUGGCCACAUGCAUUUACAGCCACUAACCAGCCUCCUGCAGGGGUGCAGACACAUUGGUGACAGUGUAGAAGGGUGACUCACAGGCCCCCAGUUCUGCCAACCAAGGGGAAAGCCUCAUCUGGGGAAGGGCAGGCUCCUGGGAGCAGUCUCAGAGCUGGGAUCCAUUUGUUUCUGGUUGAUUCUGAAUGGUAGACCCACAUGAGUGGGCACAUACCCAGGAGAUUACUAAGACUUCAUAAGGCAGUUUUUUAAAAAAUCGUACAUGGCAUCACCAGGAGCAAAUACUGGCAGCCACUCUAGAACCUGUUUGGGGAAGGACAGUGCCUCUGCUUGUCUGAUCGUGCUGAGUAGCAGGUGGGGCAGCAGGCACGGAGGAGUCAACCAUUUAGAACAGUGAUAGAGAAAGAAGUCAAGCAGAUUAUUAGCACUCUCUCAAUUUGGGCGGUUCACCAGCUCCAUCCAGCUCGGAGCCCUCUCAGGAAAAGCAGACACAAUGAGUUGGUGUGUCUGUUAUUUCCCUAGAAUAUUCUUUUAAAAUUCCACAGUGCCUUCCAGUUUCCACCUUUCCUGCUUCCAUGAGUUCACUGUGGAAUCCUAUAGGAUAUUCUCUUGCAGAGCAUUAUUUCAGUCCACUUUAACUUUUAGUCGUGUAUUCACUAUGGUUUUAAACAACGGUCAGAAUGAUUGAGAUGCUUUUUAAAUAUGGAAAAAGACCUUUAUAAAAAUCCAGUAAAAUAAUGCCCCUUUUUGACAAAUGAUUCACUUAUGCUCAAUUUACCUGGGACUCACAAGUUUGGACUAUCCCGAAAGUGAGCCUUGGACCUGUCACAAAGAAGCCAGGAAGUUUAGAAACAAGAGGACACUCAUAGGAGUGAGUGGGUCCAGUAGCUUCAUGGUGACUGGCAGACACACAACCAAAAUCACUUGCUACUGAGGUCGCUGAGGCUUUCCCAGUCAAUUCUUCAGGAAAGUUCCAUCAUCAUCACCAAUUUUAUCAGCAUUCUGAAUUUUGGUAAACUUUGUAGGAAAUCCGAUAGAAAGUCCUUCUUCACUGGGUCAUGCAUAGCCUGCAGCUCUUGAGCCAAAGGCAAGGAGGUUAAAAACAAACAGAAAACCAACAGGUCUCCUGGAAACAUCUGGGACUCGUUUUCAAUGCGGAAGUGGAUCCCUCAAGUGAUAUGUGUGCUGUAUGCUACCUGUUGAACCCAAGCAUGGUAAUUUUUUAAAAGCUUAUUCUAUUCUUUUAUUUUUGGAUGAGGCAUUAUGACCAAGUGAACACAGCUGCUCAUGGGUUACAUGUGAAACCUACACCUGAUGAACCUAUGCCUGAUUCAAACGUCCCAAAAUUUAGAGGCACUGCAAAGGAUUGUUAUUGGAGGAAAUGGCCCUUUAACAGACAAAAGGCAGAAAAUGAGUGUCAUUUCGGAGAUGCUCCAAGUAUGCAGAGUUUUAGUCGAUGUUUUGUUUGCUAUAUAGAGCAAUAAUAUACACAGUGGAGAAUAUUUUCUGAAACAAAGAAUCGUUGAAGGGAGGAUACAGAGCCAGUAGGGCCAAAAUGAACCUUCUAGAAUGUCUUCUGAUUUUCAGCAAAUUGUGGGGAUAAUGAACAAAUCUUCCAUGUGGUGCAACGCUUUAUAGCACAAUGAUCUAGAUUUCAGACCUUGUUAAUGUUUUUUAGAAUUCUAAUGUGCACGGUGUGACUGGCAGAGUGAGUUUAAAAGCUUUAAGAGUGAUUAUUGCAUGGCAGGCACCCACGCUAACUUCACUUCCAGAACUUGACGCAUCCAUGUACGUUUCCGUUGAGGAAUUCGGGCGGGAGGGGUGUUCCUCCUCAUAAGGUCACGUGUAUUAAAGUCUAUGCAGUCACUUCUAAUUCACUUGCACUGUUUGGGGAAUGCAGGUUUACAAAAAUACAUGUUUGGAAUAAAAAAUGACUGCGAAUGA